AUGCUGCGCGGAUUCACCGAGGACGAUGAUUUCAUGACCUGGGUGGACCCCCAAGAGCAGCUGCACCAGGAAGGGGAGGAUGUCCACACAUCUGCCCUCACCGUCCACCAGAAAAUCUCCAAUCUCGCCAAUCGCUGGCUUCAUUCUCGAGGCUGCUCCCUCUUCUAUGUGGGCAUGAUCCUGCUCAACCUCUUCCUCAUCGGUUGGGUCAUCAUUGCUCGCGGCUACCCCACCCAUUGGUUCUUCGUCACGCUCGAGGUUUUCAUCAACGUGGCGCUCGUCUCUGAGGUUGUCUUCAAGCUCGUCGCCCAGAAGCAACGCUUCUUCGCCUCCAAGUCCAACUGGUUUGAUCUCGUGGUGACUGUGCUUUGCGUGGUGUCGCUCGGGGUGUACUUUGGCGGACCGUCGACGAUGGAAGAGAUCAACGACGCAGUGGCCAUCUUCCUCCUGAUCUUCCGCUAUGGCAUGCAGUUCCUCCGUCUCGUGCUCUUCGUGAAGAACAACCAACAGAAGCUCGUGUCGUCCGCCAACGUCAUUCUCCUCGACGGUGACGAUGACGACGAUAGCGCACGCUUGGCGGUCGAUCAUCGCCCAUCCUCGCUCGUGACCACCGACGACGCACACGCCCAGUCUCUCAUCUACAACGACAGCGACGAUGAAGACGACGGCAGCAGGGACAUCAACGCCGACUACAACAUGCGCACCGUCAAGCUGCGGUUUGAUCCUCUCACCAAACAGUAG